AUGUUAAUGACUCUUUUAAAAUAUCGAGAAUCUCAAAUUGACACAGAAGUACUCUAUCAACAUUUAACACAAUUACAAAAACGAAAUGGUCAUUUACAAGAUAGUCUUAGUGCUGAAACACGAAUUAAACUUGAUCAAUUUUCUGCAUUUGGUGAAGUUAAACGACAACUUACAAUAGCCAAUAAUGCUAUUCGAGAAAAAGAGCGCGAAUUAAUUGCUGCACAUCAUUCCCAACAUCAAGUAAAUAAUUGUUUAUUUAAUGAUCAUCCUCAAACAUCUGGACAUUCAUCACCAACAAACCAAUUGAUUGAUACAAAUAAUAAUCUAACAACGAGUUCAUCAUCGGUUUUUUAUUCACCUCCAACAGCUAUAACACCACCGCCAUUACCAUUACAAAAUGCUACAUUCAAUCUCGAUCCUAAUGCUCAAGAUUUUUGCUUAUCAACACAUUCGACAAAUAACAAUUAA